UAAGAACACGCCACUUGAAUGUCAUAGAAUUGGGCCUCUCUCCGAAUAUAAACAAACAACAAGAAUACACCGCGGAACACUAAUUUCAUUCUUCCCGUUACUCCUCCGAUUCAAAAUUGAUAAAAAUCCCAUUUCCAUCAUGGACAUCGAGAUAAAAAUAUCGAAAAAUGAAAUCGUCCGAACGACAAUCAUCGAACCAGUUAAAGAGCCGACAAUGACCGCAUUAUUGGCCUCAUUGAAAUCGGUCAAACAACAGUCGAACGAUACGAUGACAAAUUUCGUCAAUUCAGAGAAAACAUCCGGAUCACUACACUGUCCCAGCAAACGGAAGGAUCAAGAUGAUGAGAGUGAAAGUCACACAGAAGACGAAACGGACGACGACCGUUCUAUUAAAAAGUUACGCUCGGACGAUGAAAGUGUGGAACAGAUUGAACAAUCGUGUUGAAUCUAGCCAGUUAACUGUUUCAUUUUUGUUAAAAUAAAAAAUUUUAAUUUUCCACAAAGUUUCCGAAUUUGUUUCGUUUGUUUCCAUCGAUAAGUCGGAAUGUCCAACAGAUUCCACCACUCGUCAUUCCACGAUCGAUACAAAAAUUACUUGAGAAAUUCCAUCAAUUGUUCGAUGGACAUUGUUUCACUAACAUUCUCUAAAGUGCAAUCGCAAAUAAUUGCCGCCAUCGCUACAGAACUCACCGAAGUUUUACUGAUUUUGAACCACGGAAAAGAGAAUUUCUAUCGAAUCCCGCAACAUGUUACAAUGCCAGAACGUUAUCGUUACGAGUAUCGCGAUAAGCAGUUUGACGACCAAACACUCGAACCUAUGGAAAAGGCUCUGCGGCGUAUGACUUCGGUUAAAUUAGAAAAUGAAAUUGAACUACUUCGUUUGGUACUGAUUGACCUGAUCGAUGAACUACAUACGUCGAUGUCUUUCACGCACUUACAGACCAAAAUCAAUGAAUUUCUUCGAGAUGCAAGGACCGAGUAUGAUUUCAUUCGAGAAUUUAUUUCCAAUGACAAUCGAGUGGCUGAGUUGAAAUUACAACUGAAACAGAGCAAGGACAGUGGCGAGAAGAUGCUGAAAGAAUUGAAUGAUGAAAUAAUGGACGUGGAAUCGCGUAUCUACGACAUUCAAAUACAGAACGAGUUGAAAUUUUGUUUAGUUUCGAAAUGGGAAAAUACAAGACAUCAGCAGGCGAACAUAAUCUUGAGUAAAGAAGUAACGAAAUUGAUGGAUUCCACGAAUGAGUACAAAGUGAAAAUCGAUCGGGAACAGCUUGCCAUUAACGACAUUCGAAAUUUCUUAAAUUUUCAAAUCGAUGACUUGUCAACACAGAUUGACCAGUGGAUGGAACGGUAUGUGAAAGAAGUGCAAGAAUUGGACACCGAAAUCGGUCAAGUCAAAGAUGCCAUUCAAGAUGUGAAAUCGAAAAACGAAGACAUUACCGGCAGGUAUGAUAUGCGACAAAGCGACAUCGAUGAGUACCGGGAAGAACAGCGUAUUUUGGAAGAGAAACGGAAAUUUGAGGAGAAACAGUGCAACUCGGCUAUUCGAAUUCAGUCAUGGUGGCGCGGUGUCAUGGUAAGAAUGGAGCUGGGACCAUAUCGCCCGAAGAAGAAGAAUAAAAAGGGAGGCAAAAAGAAAUAAUCGGCAGACUAAUAGUGUGACUGCAAUGUCAUUUAUUUAAAAGAAAAAAAACUUUUUUUUAAAUCAAAAAUCAAUAAAUAAAUUAAAAUGAAAACUUUUGGUGAUUGCUUAAAAAUUGUGUUUGCUAGCUGGUAGGUUAUAUCAAUUUCUGUUCCAUAUUCUGACUCAGUAUAAAAAUGAAGGUGUGAGCUUUGAAGCUUCCCAUAAUUU